AUGGCAGACGUCCGCGCCCUCCUCGCUGCAGAACGGCAGUCCCGCCGCAUCUCACACCCACACCUCACCUACACUAAGACCAAUGCACUCAUAUGCAACAUAUGCAACCUCAACGUCAAAUCAGAGAAACUCUGGGAGGGCCAUCUGCGAAGUCUAAACCACCGCAAGAAUGUUCAGAAGGCAACCUCACAAGAUUCAAACAUCAACGGCACAAAGAGCAACAAGAAACGGAAACUUGACGAUGUGGACGAAGAAGAUGACGAGGAGCAGAGACCACAGCAGGCUGAGAUGGACCGACGGAAAAUGCCCAAGUCCAGAGUGACCAGUCUGGCCGAGAAGGAGGAAGAGGUCGAGAGCGAGGCGGUUCCUGAGGUACCUUCAAUACCGACAGGGUUGCAACCACAAGACUCAGCACCACUGCCGCCGCGUCCAUAUCCGUCAGACGUAACGCCAGGUGCGCUUGCCAAUGCUGCACCUCCGCCCGAGGACCAACAGCGCUCCGCCCAGCAGCAAAUAGACGAAGACGAGUUCGCAGCCUUCGAGCGCGAAAUCGCCCUCCUUGACCAACCGCCCGCCGCACUCACAGACUACGCAGCGGCAACAAUCUCCGCCGCACCUCUCUCAGCAGAAGAACUUGCCGCACAACAAGCAGCAGAGCAGAAGAAGACCGCAGAGAUUCUCGCUGAAGAUGAAGAGGACGAGGAGAAAGGUCGGUUAGAGGAAGAAUUUGAGAUUAUGGAGGAGUUUGAAGAGCGGGUGAGACGAUUGAAGGAGCGGCGGGAGGAGAUCAGAGCUGGUGCUGGUGGUGGUGAGGUUGGGGGUGCUAUGGUCGUUGAUGAGCAGGCCGUGUCUGAAGAGCAAGCCAAAAGGGCACUCGAUGAUGCGUACGAGGUUACGGCAGGCGACAGUGACAGCCCGAAAGAUCGGCACGCUGAAGAUGACGACGACGAAGAGGACGACGAAGAGGACGACUGGUACGCCUGA